AUGUCGGUGGCGUUCGCGGCGCCGCGGCAGCGCGGCAAGGGCGAGAUCACGCCCGCCGCCAUCCAGAAGAUGUUGGAUGAAAAUAACCAUCUCAUUCAGUGUAUAAUGGACUAUCAGAAUAAAGGGAAGACCUCGGAGUGUUCUCAGUACCAACAGAUGCUGCACACGAACUUGGUCUACCUGGCUACGAUAGCAGACUCGAACCAGAACAUGCAGUCUCUGCUGCCAGCACCGCCCACGCAGAACAUGCCUCUGGGCCCCGGAGGGAUGAACCCGGGCGGCGCCCCGCCCCCUCCGCGCGCGCACAACAUGCCUUCAGAUGGGAUGGUCGGCGGGGGGCCCCCUGCGCCCCACAUGCAGAACCAGAUGAACGGCCAGAUGCCGGGGCCCAACCAUAUGCCUAUGCAGGGGCCGGGGCCCAGCCAGCUCAACCUGACCAACAGCUCCAUGAGCAUGCCCGCCAGCAGCCAUGGGUCCAUGGGCGGCUACAGCCACGCGGUGCCGUCCUCCCAGAGCGUGCCGGUGCAGAGCCAGAUGACCAUGAGCCAGGGCCAGCCCAUGGGGAACUACGGCCCCCGGCCGAACAUGAGCAUGCAGCCGAACCCAGGUCCAAUGAUGCACCAGCAGCCUCCUUCCCAGCAGUACAACAUGCCCCAGGGCGGCGGGCAGCACUACCAGGGUCAGCAGCCGCCCAUGGGGAUGAUGGGCCAGGUCAGCCAAGGCAAUCACAUGAUGGGCCAGAGGCAGAUGCCGCCCUACAGACCACCCCAGCAGGGCCCGCCCCAGCAGUACUCGGGCCAGGAGGACUAUUACGGGGACCAGUACAGUCACGGCGGACAGGGGCCUCCGGAAGGCAUGAACCAGCAGUAUUACCCUGACGGUCAUAAUGAGCACGGUUAUCAGCAACCGUCGUAUCCUGAGCAAGGCUACGAUAGGCCUUACGAGGAUUCCUCACAACAUUACUACGAAGGAGGAAGCUCCCAGUACAGCCAGCAGCAGGAGGCCUACCAGGGCCCGCCGCCCCCGCAGGGCUACGCGCCCCCGCAGCAGCAGUACGCGGGCCAGCAGGGCUACGCCGGCCAGCAGCAGGCCUACGGUCCUUCCCAGGGUGGGCCCGGCCCUCAGUAUCCGAACUACCCCCAGGGCCAAGGGCAGCAGUACGGGGGGUACAGGCCGACGCAGCCCGGACCACCGCAGCCCCCGCAGCAGAGGCCUUACGGAUACGACCAGGGGCAGUAUGGGAAUUAUCAGCAGUGA